AACUGCAAAUUAUUUCUUCUCUUCUUCCAUUUUCUCUUAAGCUCUUAAUUUUCUCUCCUCAACCAAGAUUAUACACACAACAAUAUUUCGAAACAUUUAUUUUAUACAUAUUUAAGGGAUGACAAACUGUUUUUCUUUCUUCCGAACAAGAACAAGUGAUGGUGGAUCGACGAAAGAACGCGAUGUGGAAGAUAACUUGAACAGCAAGACAAACGUGGAUAGUGAAUACAUCAAUGCAAUCAGAACAAAGUCUUAUGUUGAAAUAUGUAACAAAGCUCAAGGAUAUGAAAUUGAAGACACAAGCACAAGAUCGCCACUUUCUACUUCCUGUUCAACGUCUUCUUCGUCUUUGCUAGAACCUCGACAGGAAAUUGUUGUAAAAAUGAUUGAAUGCUUUAAGGUGCAUCGUCUUUUGGUAAACUACUUUGAAGCUAGCUUAGAAGCAUGUCUUUGUUGUGACAAAAUCCUUCAAGGUAUCCGUCAAACUCGAUUUGCUUAUGAAAGAAUCACAAACGUAGUUAAUAAGCUAAGCCAGAGAGUACGUCUUGAAUAUGACACUGACACGGACACAAACACAAACAUAGAUAAAGAUGACAAUGUUAUCUAUAAACAGCUAGUUUCAUUUGUUAUUAACAGCUCUUGGUGUUUGUCCGAUGAUGUUAUUAACUUCCGUGACAUUCACGAAAAACACAUGGUGCUCCUUAAUAAACUAAACUCAAAGAGAGUGAAGCUUAGAAGAAGAAUAAGAAUAAAGAAGUUACGCAAGAAUGUUACAGUAAUCGGUUUAGUUGUUUCACAAACCGCUCUUUUGGUGGCGUUAUUAGUCUUUGCUUUCCAUAGCGUAAUUGGAUUGGCUGCUGCACCUUAUAUAAUGGGUGGAUUCUUUGGUUUGAUGAAGAAGAAGAGAUUCAAGUGGAUUAUUGGAAAGUAUAGUUCGUGUAAAAAACUAUAUGAACAAAUUGAUGUUGCUGCAAAAGGGGUUUUUAUAGUGAUAAAUGAUUUGGAUACUAUUAGCCGUAUGGUUAAGAGGUUAGAGGAUGAAGUGGAACAUUGGAGAGAGGUUGCUGAUAUUUGUGUGAAGAAUUAUGGCCAUGGUAAUGGAAGGUGUGAAAUAUUGAAGAUGGUUCUGAGAGAAUUUCAUGAUUGCCAAACUAGCUUUAUGGAUCAGUUGGAAGAGCUUGAGGAGCAUAUAUAUUUGUGCUUUCUCACUAUUAAUAGAUCUAGAAGACUGCUUAUGGAAAAGAUUACUGAAAAGUGAUUAGUGUAAAAAAGAUCAAUUAAACUACUCUUUUCAUCUUUGAAGACAAAGUUUUAGAUUAUUUGCAGCUGCUGUUGCCUGUCUAAUUAGUUGACUUUAACAAGUGCUAGCUCAUUCUUUCCAUUUUCUUAUAGUUCUGUAAUUCUUUGAUUUUCCUAGGAUAGAUAGACUGAUGGAUUCUUUUAUUUACAAUAUUGGAAUAAAUUAUAAUAAUUUACAUUGAUAUAUAUACUCCAUUGUAUCCAAAUGCAAUAGUAAAUUUUUAACUAUUAACAAAUUUUGUAUACUUCAUUACAUUGGAAAUACUCUUUGAUUAGAAAUUUGACAUUCUCAAGUUUAAAUCUCUUGGCAAACAAUGAAGAAUCUACUAACUAAAG